AGGACACCAUAGCGGGGCUGGUUUUAUUGCUUUGUCACCUUCUUCGUCUAAAGGCAGAAGUGGUGAACGUCUCAUAUUUUUGAAAGCUUUGAAGACUUCAGUUAAACUGUUUAUGUUUAUGUUAAAGCUGCGCAAGAUUUUUCUACAGUAUCAAUGUCUUUGGUCCCAUCAACAAACUAUAUAUAUACACCCCUGAAUCAACUUAAGGAGGGUACAAUUGCAAAUGUCUAUGGUGUUGUGACAUUUUUUAAGCCUCCAUACCUAAGCAAAGGAACUGAUUACUGCUCGGUUGUAACAAUUGUGGACCAGACAAAUGUAAGGUUAACCUGCCUGCUCUUUAGUGGAAACUAUGAAGCCCUUCCAAUAAUUUACAAAAAUGGAGAUAUUGUUCGUUUUCACAGGCUGAAGAUCCAAAUAUAUAAAAAGGAGACGCAGGCUAUCAACGGUGCUGGCUUUGCUUCAUUGACAUUUGAGGGAACUUUGGGAGCUCCUAUCGUACCUCGUACUUCAAGCAAGUACUUUAACUUCACUACUGAGGACCAUAAAAUGGUAGAAGCCUUACGUGUUUGGGCAUCUACUCAUAUUUCACCGUCUUGGACACUACUAAAAUUGUGUGAUGUUCAACCAAUGCAGUAUUUUGACCUGACUUGUCAACUUUUGGGCAAAGCAGAAGUGGAUGGAGCAUCAUUUCUUCUAAAGGUGUGGGAUGGCACCAAGACACCUUUCCCGUCUUGGAGAGUCUUACUACAAAACCUUGUGCUUGAAGGGGACGCAAGUCACAUCCAUCGGCUACAAAAUCUGGCCAUAGAUAUUCUGGUCUAUGAUAACCAUGUUCAAGUGGCAAAAUCUCUGAAGGUGGGAAGCUUUAUUAGGAUCUACAGCCUCCAUACCAAACUUCAGUCACUGAAUUCAGAGAACCAGACAACCCUAAGUCUAGAGUUUCAUCUUCAUGGAGGGACCAGUUAUGGUCGGGGGAUCAGGGUCUUGCCAGAAAAUAACUCUGACGUAGAUCAACUGAAAAAGGCUUUACAAUCUGCAGAUUUGACGGCCCAUCAACACUCAGAUGAUACCUGUCAAUCAGAACCCGAUGACAGCUUUCAAAGCUCCGGAUCCGUAUCACUGUAUGAGGUCGAAAGAUGUCAACAGCUAUCUGCUACAAUACUUACAGAUCAUCAAUAUUUAGAGAAAACACCUCUAUGUGCCAUUUUGAAACAAAAAGCUCCUCAACAAUAUCGCAUCCGAGCAAAAUUGAGGUCAUAUAAACCCAGGAAACUCUUUCAGUCUGUUAAACUUCUUUGUCCUAAAUGUCAUUCACUGCAAGAAGUUCCACAUGAGGGCAAUUUGGAUAUGAUUUUACAAGAUGGUGCAACUAAAACCCAAGAUGACAAACUACAAAAUACAUUAUUAUAUGAUUCAAAAGUCUGGACCACGGAAGAUCAAGGAGGACGAAAAGUAGCUGUUCAUUUUGUGAAACAUGGUGGUAUUCUUCCACUUUCAAAUGAAUGUCUAAUUUUGAUAGAAGGAGGUACACUCAGUGAAAUCUGCAAACUCUCAAACAAGUUUCAUAGUGUAAUUCCUGUGAGAUCUGGCCAUGAAGACCUGGAACUCCUGGACAUUUCAGCACCAUUUCUUAUACAAGGAAAAGUAUAUCACUAUGGGUGUAAGCAGUGUUCUAAUUUGAGAACAAUACAAAAUCUAAAUUCCCUUGUGGAUAAAACAUCAUGGAGUCCUGCUUCUGUGGCAGAAGUACUGGGUAUUGUACCCCUCCAAUAUGUGUUUGUUAUGACGUUCACUCUUGAUGAUGGAACAGGAGUGUUAGAAGCAUUUCUCAUGGAUUCUGACAAAUUCUUCCAAAUUCCAGCAUCAGAAAUUCUAAAUGACGAUGACCAUCAGAAAAGUGUGGAUAUGAUCAUGGAUAUGAUUUGUCCUUCAAGAAUAAAAAUUGAUGCAUAUCCAUGGUUGGAAUGCCUCAUCAAGUCAUACAAUGUCACAAAUGGAAUGGAACAGAAAAUUUGCUAUCAGAUUUUUGAUACCACAGUUGCAGAAGAUCUUAUCUAAUAUCGCCAUUCAAUUUAGCAUAUGCAAAAUAUUGUAAUUUUAGACAAUGUGAGUUGGGGGUUUUUUGUGAGUUUGUUAUAAAAAUGAGAAAUUUAAUCUUGGAAAUAUCAUCCACAUUUCCGUCUGAACCACCACUGUUUUAGAUGUUUUUGGAAAAUAGACAUUGUGUUCUCUUCUUGUGAGUAUGUGAACAGUAUUCCUGUUGCUUCAGAUACCCAGCAUGGUGGAUGGCUUCACAGGACCUACAAGAAAAAGAGACGCGGAAUAAACAAGUGUGUUUUUGCCUUUACUCUUUACAGCCCCUUUACAGAGAAGACGUUUUGUUUCCUUGUGCUAAAAAUCAUUUUCCUAUGGGUUUUUCCAUCUAUCAGUCACUGAUUUCUCUGUCAUUCACCAUCCCUAAUUGGGCUGAUUUUCCUGCCCUUUUUCUUUUCUUUUCUUUUUUUUUUUUUUUUGUAUGAGCAGAGUUGAUAAUUUUAACAUGGAUAUGGGAUUAGAAAAUGUCCUUACCUUAAAUCUCUUGGCUUUUACUGGGUGCAAGGUAAAUAAUUGUUACAGGUUUGGUUUUUAUACAGAAGGAUUUGCUUAAAUAGCACUGCUUCGAGAAGUGUGUGUCUAAGGGAGCUACGGGGUACUCAAAGUGAUUUGCUUUAAGUAGAUGUGGCAAAAUUGCUUUAAUGCUGAUAUUGACCAUUUUAGGAUAAAUCUGUUUCUUUCAACCUGAA